AUGGGCUCUCAGCAAGAGGUCUCAACUGCAACUGACACAGCCAGGUCACAUCACACUCACCACAUUUCUACCAUGUUCCCACCAGACCUUGAUGCGUCCCGUUACGAGGCCGUUCCUCCCAUUAAAUGGGCCAUUGAACAACUGCUUAUUUCGGUCCAGCAACUCCGCGAAGAGAUCAACUGGUCCGAGGCCAUACAGGCGUGCGAACAACACUUCACCGAACUCCUUCCCGAAAAGUUCGUGAGAUUCUUCGUUUUGUUGCUCAUCAUUUUUUUCGUUGCUCGAUUCGUUGUCGCAACCGUCAAGGGCACCGUGGCACUCUUGAUCACCUUGGUGAAGACGUGCUUGAUCGCCUAUAUCCUUGCUAUUAUGCUCUAUCUCGUCGACAUGAUGGUGGACUAA